AUGCACUUGGAUGAUGCCUCUGUCACCUCACACAGGUAUCUUGCUGUGCUGAGUGAUGGGGCUGACCCUCAAGUCUCUUGUUACAUUACUGCGCCCUUGCACAUCCUACAGCAGGUUGACUGCCAGAUAACGAAUGACAGUGAUGAUCCAACUCAGACGGUGGUCAGACAGGGUUUCAAACUGAUCCAGCCAGUUGACCCUUCUCUAGUGUUAUAUUUAAAAGCAAAUCAAGAUCCUUCCUGCUCAGUAGUGUCCACCAGUCCACUUAUUUACAUCCAGCAUCCAUCAACCCAUCCCUUUCAGAAGCCAGUCAUUGUAUUUCUCCCUUGUUCUCCUCUACCUGACAAAAAGAACCUUGAGUUUGAGAAAGAUCAUAGAGGAGAAGAGAGUGCAGCAGUACACAGCAACCUGUCAAUACCCUCCUACUUCAACAGGUCCAAAAGUACAUCCAUCAGUAAACCUGGUAACAAUGCAUGUGGAACACUAAAAUUACUUGGAUUCAGAAGCAGAAAUAGUGGUUGGUUUGGGAUUGAUGACAUUGUGGUGAAAGCUGUCCAGAGUGGCUUGGUAUCAUUCAAAUUAUAUGAACAUUUAGAGAGGUUUAUAGUGCUCCAACUCUCUUCCCCAGUGGACAAUAGCCAUUUAGUUUCUUUUGUCAAGUCUUUAGAGGAAGCCUCCCUCAGCACCACUGCCUGCAUUGUAUUCUCACGCCAGAAGGACAAUCCACACAGAGUGGUUAUUUUAGCAGUACCUGCUAAGGAGUUAACUAGCACAGAAGGAUUUGGAGGACUUCCAGAAUAAUCAAGACAUUUCCAAGUAAGAGAAGGAGAACAAAUUCUUUUAAGGUUUACUGGAAACAUAUUCGGUUCAAGCAAUCGGAAGGAUUAUGGGAAAGACUACAAACUCAUUUUUCACCUGCAAAGAAAACCCAGGUUAGAACUCCACAUGAAAGAGGUGGAUGAAUUUGGGAAUUAUAGCUGCCCUCAUUAUAAAGGCACUAUUACAGUCUACAAAGUAUCCAGAGAGAAGAUUGUCCCCAGUUUGGAUCAAGCACUUCAUGAAAAUCUUUAUCAGUUUCCAGUUUGCAAAUUACCACUAAAAUUGCCGAAGAUUAAAUUAUUUUCUAGAGAGACCGGUGCAGAGGUGGUGCCGAGCGAGUCGGCUUUGGACUACUCUCUUAGCGUGGCGUCGCGCGAGGCUGUGGUGGAGCCUCUGUCAGGAAGGCGGGAGCUUGACAGCUUCAGUAAAGGCCAGCAGCGGUGA